UAAAUAAUCUUUGUUUACUGAUACGUAUAAAACAUGCUGAUAUAUUAGUUUAAGUUAGUAGGCAAUUAGUUUUGUGAAAAGAAUGUAAGAUGAUUGUAAUUUGCCUAAUUGUGGCAUUGUUGGUGCAAAAUAUACACGGUUGCGGGAUACCAUUAACAACCGUUAGUGGUUCUCAUGCACCUAAGGCUGUAUGCAGCGGUGAUUUGAUAUUUAAAGAUGAUUUCAAUACGUUGGACAUGAAAACGUGGCAACACGAAAACACGUUAGGUGGAGGCGGGAAUUGGGAAUUUCAAUGGUACACAAAUAACCGAAGUAAUAGUUACGUUGAAAAUGGUGUUUUGCAUAUCCGACCAACCUUGGUAGCUGACGAUUAUGGUAACGAAUUUCUCUAUUCUGGAACAAUUGAUGUCAAUGGCGGUUCGCCUGCUGAUGAGUGUACAAAUCCACAAUUCUAUGGUUGUUCUCGAACUGGAAGUGCUACAAAUAUAGUAAAUCCCAUUAAGAGUGCUCGUAUAAGAUCUCUUAAUUCCUUCUCAUUUAAAUAUGGCAAAGUUGAAGUUAGAGCAAAAGUUCCAGCUGGCGAUUGGUUAUGGCCUGCAAUCUGGUUGCUACCAAGAUAUAACCAAUACUCUACUUGGCCCGCGUCUGGAGAAAUAGACAUCAUGGAGAGUAGAGGCAACAGACAACUAACCAAUCCUUCCGGGGUAAACAUCGGCGUCCAACAAAUUGGAAGCACCCUUCAUUGGGGACCAAAUCCUAACUACAAUCAAUACGCACGCACACAUUUUGAAGAAAACUUGGAAACUGGCUACGACAAAGCUUUCCAUAACUACCAGGUAGAAUGGACUCCCGACUACAUUAAAUUUGCGAUUGACGAUGAGGAGAUUGGAAGAGUAACGCCACCGGGAGGAGGAUUUUGGGAGUUGGGUGAAUUAUCUUCAUCAGGCUUGGACAACCCGUGGAAACGAAACUCAAAGAUGGCUCCUUUUGAUCAAGAAUUCUACAUCGUUAUUAACUUAGCUGUAGGUGGUGUCAACUAUUUUCCUGAUAAUGCUAACAAUAGUCCAAGAGGUAAACCUUGGUCGAACACAUCACCUAAUGCUGCCACUAACUUCUGGGAAGGUAGAGAACAGUGGCUUCCUACAUGGAAUAUUGGAACUGAAGAUUCGCAUUUACAAGUUGAUUAUGUCAAAGUAUGGGCUAUAUAAUAUGAUUAUUUAAUAAUAAAAUAAAUUUCGAAA